AUGGCUUCGCUAUCACCACCGGCUCUUUCCACCACCACAUUUCGCCCAUCAUCCAGCCUUAGAACAUCAAAAUACCUUCCCAAUAACGGUACUCGAAUUUUGUGUAGCGCCGCCAAUGGCAAUAUUGAUAGAAGAGACGUUCUUAUUGGCAUAGGCGCAGGCGGUCUCUACGGAGCUUCCGCCUUUGCCCUUGGCGCUCCAGUCCAAACUCCCAACAUUAGCAAGUGUGGCCCACCAGACCUGCCACCUGGCACCGACCCAACCAACUGCUGCCCUCCGCCGUCCCCCUCGAUUCUCGACUUCCGACCACCGGCACCGGGAAAAUUACGGGUCAGGCCAGCUGCCCAUUUGGUCGAUCAAAGCUACAUAGAGAAAUAUAAGAGAGCCGUGGAGCUAAUGAAAGGGCUGCCCGAGGAUGACCCACGUAGCUUCAUGCAACAAGCGAACGUUCACUGUGCUUAUUGUAACGGAGGGUACGACCAAGUGGGGUUUCCUGUGGAGGUGCAAGUUCAUAACUCGUGGCUGUUUUUCCCAUUUCACCGUUAUUAUCUCUACUUUUACGAGAAGAUAUUGGGAGAGCUGAUUGGAGAUCCCACUUUCGCCUUGCCCUUUUGGAACUACGAUGCUCCUGAGGGUAUGAGAAUGCCAGCCAUGUACGCCGACCAAAACUCGUCCCUUUACGACCAACUUCGGAACCAAAAUCAUCUGCCGCCAACAUUGAUAGAUCUGGAUUUCGAUGGGGUUGAUUCAAACAUAGGCAAUAAUGCGCAGAUAAGAACUAAUCUUAGAAUUAUGUAUCGCCAAAUGGUUUCCAAUAGUCGUACCCCUAAGCUCUUUUUCGGCAGCCCUUAUGUAGCCGGAGACGAGCCAUCACCUGGAGGUGGGUCAGUGGAGAACAUCCCACACAAUACGGUUCACACAUGGUGCGGCGACACCAAGAAGCCCAACCUAGAGAACAUGGGCAACUUCUACUCCGCCGCCAGAGAUCCCAUCUUCUACUCCCACCACUCCAACGUAGACCGCAUGUGGUCCGUGUGGAAGACCCUCGGCGGAAAGCGACAGGACCUUGAAUACCCUGAAUGGCUCAACGCCUCAUUCAUUUUCUACAACGAGAAGGCCCAAGCCGUCCGAGUCCGAGUCCGAGACUGUCUGGACACCAAAAAACUCGGGUACGUCUACCAAGACGUGGAACUCCCAUGGCUCGAAACCCGCCCCACGCCUCGUCGAGCCGGGAAGGCGGCGAGACGUCCAAAGAUGAAGUUCCCGGUAACUCUAAAGUCGGCGAUCAGUACGGAAGUGAAGAGGGCGAAGAAAUCAAGAAGCAAGAAGGAGAAAGAGGAGGAAGAGGAGAUUUUGGUGAUUGAGGGAAUCAAGUUGGAUCCCAACACGCUGGUAAAGUUCGAUAUUUAUAUCAACGACGAAGAUGAGAAGGACAAUAGAGGCGACAUUACUGAGUUCGCUGGGAGCUUUGUGAACGUGCCACAUAAGCACGGACACAAGAAGAAGGUGAAGACGGGGCUUAGGUUGGGGAUAACUGAAGUGCUUGAGGAUUUGGGUGCUGAUGGUGACGACAGCAUCAUCGUCACUCUCGUCCCCAGGCUUGGAGCUGGGCUCGUCUCCAUUGCUGGGAUCAAGAUCGAAUAUGGAGAUUAAUUUCUUUGGGAAACUAAAUUUAAAAUAAAAGAAGGCUUCCAGGUUUGAGGCUAAUAA